AUGAUAAAUUUGAUGGAUUAGAUGAACUAUCUAGUUCUUUGAAAUUGGCCUCUGACCCUAUCUUACUUAACCAGGAAGACCUUAAUGCCAUUGUGGAUAGUGAUACUGAUGAAUCCGAUGAGCUAUGCCUCACGGAUGCUUCAGAUGUUAAUGGAUUGGAAGGAUGUGAAUCCACUUUGGAUUAUAAAAACUCGAUUGAACCUAGUCUCAAGAAGACAGCACUUACAAUACCAACUG